AUCUAUCAUGGAAAUGUCAAACUGGGGAGUGCCAAAUGCAGAUUAUCAAACAAUCCAAUACUGCUUUAUAAACAACAAUUUGUCUUGUACCAGAAGUAUCCGACCUGAAGCGGAGUACAUUUUUGUGUAUGUUUUCGUGGCUGUAACAUCAGUGUUCACCGUGUUUCUGAACCUGUUGGUGAUCAUCUCCAUCUCGCACUUCAAGCAGCUCCACACUCCCACCAAUGUGCUGAUCCUCUCUCUGGCAGUGGCUGAUCUGAUCGUAGGACUGAUUCUCAUGCCAGUGCAGGGAAUGAAACUGAUUGAGUCAUGCUGGUACUUUGGGGAAAUAUUUUGCUCUAUAUUUCCUCUUAUUCUUUAUGUGGUUGUUGUGGCAUCUCUUGGUACUUUGAUUAUUAUAUCUGUGGAUCGAUUCAUUGCUGUGAAUGACCCUUUGCGAUAUCCAAUGAAGGUCAAUAAUAUCAGAGUUGUUGUUUCUAUUGUUGUAAACUGGUUAUUCUCCUUCUUAUAUUCAUUUUAUCUUUUGUAUGAGUUUUUACUGUAUCCAGAGAGGAACCACACAUGUGUUGGAGAAUGCAUAGUUGUUGUUACACUGGAAAAUAUAAUACUAGAUGCUUUUGUUUGUUUAGUGGCACCUUGUUGUAUAAUUAUUCCUUUAUAUGUGAAAAUCUGCUUUGUAGCAAAACGGCAAGUGAAGCAUUUAAAUUCAGUCCCAGACAAAAAGGCCAGAUCAGAAAAAAAGGCUGCAAGAACCUUAGGGAUUGUAGUACUGGUUUAUCUUCUUUUUUGGACGCCAUACUAUUUAUAUUCUCUUUCUGGAGGACAUGAUGAAAAUGACGCUCUUAUAAUUAAAGUAAUGGAUUGGAUUGUGUGCAUGAAUUCCUGUAUGAAUCCAUUUAUAUAUGCUAUGUUUUAUCGAUGGUUCAGACUGUCAGCAAAAUACAUUUUGACAAUGAAAAUAUUUGAACCUUCAUCUGCAUACUUAAAUCUGUUCCCAGAAGAGAAAUGAUCACUUACACUCUCAUGCAAAUGUAAAUGAGAUAUUGUGUCUCCAAAUGAAAGAGUUCUUGUUUUAAGCACCUCCUUAUAGAACAUUAGAUGGCAUGUAACAGCUGUUUUUUUGUUUAUAUAAAAAAAAUGUUGUCUAACAUGUAUAUGUUGAUCAUAUUUAUGAGUGACACUAUUUGCUCUGUUUGAAAAUGAAAGAUGCUUGGAAGAUAGAUGUUAAAAGAACAUUUAAUAUUUGUCACAGUAAAGCAGUUAUUACAAACAUAAUCUUUAGUUUAAAUGAAAGAAAUGUACUUUAUUAGAAGAAAGCAAGGUACAAUAUAUUUUAAAGCAUGGCCAUGGUAACUGUGCACUUACAGUAAAACAAUUGAGACAAAUUUCACAACAUGAGCUUAAUUGAUGGAUUGAUUGAUUGAUGAUGGACAAGAGGGAUGUUUAAUCAUUAUAAUGACAAUUAUUAUUAAGCUCUUCAUAUCUACUGUUUUUUGCCUGUUUUUUGCCUUAUAAAAAAGAAUGAAUUAACCAGUAUGACAUCCAA